UUUGACGUUUACUUUAAAAAACAUAACCUGGAUGUGUCAGUGUCAGAUUUACACAAAUGUUAUUUUACUGAGCAAUGUUGUAUAAUACCGCUAUAAUUUUCUUCCGAUAAUAAGAAUAGUCAUACUUUAUUUUCAGCACUAUAAGUUAAAUCAAAUUAAGUUAAAGAAUAAAUCCUCAUUGUCUGCAUGUCAAUGCAAUUUCUUGAAAUUCAGUUUAUUUUUUUUACCCUUAAAUGGACGGCAUUUGAAAACAGUGUUAUUAAAAACUUUAUUGUAGUUAUGUUAAAUAUGUUACAUUAAAUCGAUCAGUAUUUUUAUAUUCGGUUCGCAUAAAAUCAUAAAGAAUGUUGUCUGAAAUUCCCAAAGAAUUUAAAUGGUAUCUCAAGCAUUGUCAAAGUUUAAGAAGAAUCAUCCAGGAGACUCAAUCAUCAUUAAAUGAUAUUAAUCAUGUUCUGCAAAUUGGAAUAUUUUUAGGGGAUAUAUGUGAGCAGACAUUUACAGAUGCUCUCGAACAACUGGCUGUAAAAAUAGAGCGCGAACCACUUUUGCUGAUUUUUGGGCAGUCCUGUCAUGCUAAAGCUCUAUUUGUUAAUAUAUUACUUGGACAAAACAUCCUCCCUACUGCCAGCUCUCAAUGGAGACAUGUGACAAUAAAGUAUGGUCCUACUAAAAGCAUUCACCUGACUCUUGGAAACGAAAUUGAAAUUGUAGAAAAUCUAAAAGCGCAUGAAGGCUUUUGGGAUUGCAUUCCUGAAGAGGAUCUUCGAAGAGGUGAUAAUGAAAGCUUGUUGGAUCACUGCCCUUCAUUGGAAGUUAUUUUAAAACAUAAUGUUUUAAAAGAAAAUGUCAAAAUCUUAAUACCGCCGGACUGUUCGCCCAAUGAAUUAGGUGAAGUAUUAGAAAAAGUAAUGGAAAACAUUUUACCUGUGAUAGUAUAUGCUGUUUCUGAGAAUCAAUUAAGUGAUUUGAAUAUUCAAGAAAUAAGAAAUUUAAAAACUAUUUACGAAAUACCAUUUCUCUUUGUUAGUUUAGCAGAUAAUUGUAAUUUGGAGGCAAAAAUUUCAUCCAUGAGUACUGAAUCUUUAACUGAAUCAGAAAAACAUGUAGUUGAAAGCUGCAAUCAAGCAAGUGAUAUAAAGUUAGGUUGUUUAAGAGACCAGCUUAUUAGGCUAGGAUAUAUUAAUAGUGAGCUUGAUUCUGACAAGACUGAUGAAUUGCUAAGUAAAAAAUCAUUUUGCCUUGAUUGUUCUCUGGAUAAUGAUUUUAUGAGUGAUAAAUUAAUUAAUGAUAAAUUUAAUUUAUUUAUUAGAAAUAUUUUAAAGUCCACUGUACUAAAAUUGGCAGGGUGUCUAAGUCAGAUACACAGCGAUUAUUUAAGAAAAUUUAUUCUUUGUGCCUUUGAUAUGGCUAGAGAAAUUCAAAUAACACCUAGAAGAAUUUUAUAUGCCCAGGACAUUGAAUACAAGCUGUAUAAAACUUUGAUGAAAAUAGCUUGUGAACAGCAAGAAGAAAUUACUGCAAUUAUACAAAGCACUCUUCAGGAAAUAAAGUCUAAUGUUGCUGAAGUUUUGGAGGAAUACAGUUCAACGAGUUCAACACAAACCUCACCAAAAGUUGUUACAAUGGAAAUCCAACAGCUAGUACUAAAAAGACUGAGUACAUCAGUGGCAAACAGGAUAGUGAAAUCAGUUGGUUGUCUUCAAGAAAGCUUUACUGGUACAUUAAAAAGAUGUUUGGAAAGUUUAGAGAGGAACUGUCACGAAUUAGAGGGCAAUUUAUCUGCUUCAGAUGCUGUAAAACAAAUCGUUUCUGCAGCGUAUAACAUCGAAUUAAAAACGCCCACAUCAUUCUCUGUAGUUCACACAUUCGUCGACCGUUUGAGGGCUUUGUUAAAUACAUUCACAUCACCUUGGUCUUCCAAUUCUCAAGUUCACUGUAAUCUACAGUGGCAACUCCAAGUAGUUACAAACAUGAUUGAUUCCUUAAGUGCCUCAAAACUAGCCAAAACUAUUUCAUUACAGUUCCAAGAACAUGUCAAAUCAUCACAUGAAUCUUUUCAAUCUGCAAUGAGAAGUUUAGAAAAUCAAUUGUCUGGUCAGCUGGAACACACGGAAGAACAGAGGAUUGCUAUUAGAAAAAGACAUGCCCCCAGAUUUGCCAGGCUGGCUUUAGAAAGCACAUCACUGUGUGACUUGGUAAGAUGGGGCAUGCCUAAACAAAUAAAGGAAAUAGGGCGAGGACAGUAUGGUGUUGUGUCGUCUUGUGAACCAUGGGGUAAUAUAAACCCUUGUGCUUUUAAAUCUGUUGUUCCACCUGAUGACAGACACUGGAACGACCUGGCAAUGGAAUUUUAUUACACUAGAACGAUUUUGGAACAUCCCAGAAUCGUAAAAUUAAGAGGAUCUGUGAUUGAUUACAGUUAUGGUGGCGGUAGUUCCCCGGCAGUACUAUUAAUAAUGGAGCGGAUGAUAAGAGAUUUAUACUGCGGUUUGCGGAAUGGUUUAUCCUGGCAAACCCGAUUACGCAUAGCUAUUGACGUUAUUGAAGGCAUUAGAUACUUACAUUCCCAAGGUCUUGUCCACAGAGAUAUAAAACUUAAAAAUGUUUUAUUGGAUAAUGAAGAUCGUGCCAAAUUGACAGAUUUUGGGUUUUGCAUACCUGAAGCCAUGAUGUCAGGCAGUAUAGUGGGUACUCCAGUUCAUAUGGCUCCAGAAUUGUUAAGUGGAAGGUAUGACUCAAGUGUGGAUGUGUAUGCAUUUGGAAUAUUGUUUUGGUACAUUUGUGCUGGUCAAGUGAAAUUGCCUACUCAUUUUGAUCAGUUUCAAAACAAAGAACAGUUGUGGAACAGUGUGAGAAAAGGUAUAAGACCUGAAUGUCUAUCAUAUUUCAACCGAGCAUGUUGGAAUCUUAUGGAACAAUGUUGGGCUGCUGAGCCGAGCGAUAGGCCUCUUUUAGGCUACGUACAGCCUCAACUAGAGCAGAUUUAUAAAAAUGCAAUUCUUGAAUCAAACCAAGGCAAGUCUAUUUAUCACACAAAACCAAUUCUGUUUUAUCAGUACCCAGAGGAAUGUCCACAACAUAGUUAUUUAGAUUAUAGAGAAUAUUAGCUGGACUAAAUUGCCUAUUCCUAAAAAGAAGAGGAUAUAAAGUCUAUUAUGUUGUGUAUAUUUUUUGUAAAUAUAUUUUUUUAUUGUCUAAUUUAAAAUUUUAUAUCACUAUUUUUAAUAAAUGUUA